UCACGCAUCCGCCUUCCUCGUUCCAUCGGCAGAAUUCUUGGAUCCAUCUGCGUUAGCGCCGUCAAGGGAUCAUGGAGGUGUCCAUGGGGUUGCCUCCUGACGGGGGUUCCAUCAUCAGCAACUCCUCUGUCUCAGCUGCAGUGCCGGCCGGACCUACAACGCCCUCAACGAGGUUGAUCCAAAUCGCGGAAUCCCUAAGGUUGGAGCAUCAGUUCCUGAGGGUGCCCUUCGAGCAUCUCAAGAAGACGAUCAGGGGGAAUCACCGCAGCGUCGAGAAGGAGGUCUCGGUUGUGCUCUCUGGCGUUGCCGAUGCUGCUGACCGCUCAGAGGGAAUGUCCAAAGAGGACGCCGUCACCCAUCUUACCUCCCUCGUUUCCCGUCUCCAGGGACUCAAGCGCAAGCUUGAAGAAGGCAACAGGACUGAGAAUUUGCAAGCUCAACGAUGCCGUGCAAGACUGAAUCAUUUGGAUGGAGUAGAUGCGGGGAAUAUGUCGGAUUGGAGCAACACGAGGCUGAAGCGGAUUCUGGUGGAUUACAUGCUGCGCAUGUCAUACUAUGACACCGCCGCCAAGAUGGCAGAAAUCAGCAAUAUGCAGGAUCUUGUAGAUAUUGAUGCCUUUCUUGAUGCAAAAAGAGUAAUUGACUCACUCCACAAUAAGGAAGUGGCUCCUGCUCUUGCUUGGUGCAUAGACAAUAGGGCAAGGUUGAAAAAAUCAAAGAGUAAAUUUGAGUUUCAGUUGCGGCUGCAGGAAUUCAUAGAGUUGGUACGAGCUGAAAACAAUUUGCAGGCUAUCACAUAUGCUCGGAAGUAUCUUGCACCAUGGGGUGCUACCCAUAUGAAGGAACUACAGCGAGUCAUGGCAACAUUGGCGUUUAAAAGUAGUACCGAAUGCGUUAAUUACAAGGUUUUAUUUGAACCCAAGCAGUGGGAUUAUUUAGUUGAGCAAUUUAAACAUGAGUUCUGCAAAUUGUAUGGCAUGACACUUGAACCUUUGCUGAAUAUAUAUCUACAAGCGGGAUUGUCUGCUCUAAAGACGCCAUUUUCGUAUGAAGAGGGUUGUCCCAUAGAAGAUCCUCUUUCACAAGAUGUGUUCCGGGAAUUGGCUGCACCACUUCCUUUUUCAAAGCAACAUCAUUCAAAGCUUGUUUGCCACAUAACGAAAGAGCUGAUGGACACAGAGAACCCCCCUCUUGUAUUGCCAAAUGGCUAUGUGUAUAGCACAAAGGCGCUUGAGGAAAUGGCGAAGAGUAAUGAUGGCAAAGUUACUUGUCCUAGGACAGGUGCUGUUUUCAACUAUACUCAGCUUGUCAAGGCUUUCAUAUCCUAGGACGUGCUAUCAUGGAUACUUCUGCUGGAACUUGGUCCCAUUAGUUGGAAAACUACAGGUAUUUGUGGAAGAUUACCCUCUGAUCAAAGGCGUAUGUUCUGUCUGUUAACUAAUGUUUAUAAGACAAUCAAUGUGGAUAAAUGGUGAAGGUAAAUUUAUGUUCUUCCAUCUAUGAAGAAGAAAACUUUUUCACCUUCCAAGGUUCAAGAUCUCUUGUCUAUAUCGGAUAAAUUGUUGCAUUUCAUCAUUUUGAACUCCCACGACCACAGCUGCCCCAAUGAUCUGAUGGAAUCAUGUUAUAUUUGUUA